GUCGGGCCCCUAGUCCUAGCGAGAAAAAAACCAAGCCCAAGCCUAUUUCACCCAAAAACCAAAGCCCCUUCUUCUUCCUCGCGUCUCUUUUCUGACUGAGUCCCUCUACUACCAGUCCCAACCUGACCUAACCCAACUCAUAACUCUCCUCUUUCUCUAUCCAUCCAUCUCCCAUCCCCAUCGACCCGCAGCCGCCGCUCUCCGCGAAACUCACAACCUGCACCAUCUCCCAAGCUCAAGCUCAAGCUCGCAUUUCACGCCAGCAAUCUUCGUCCAUUUCUCUCAACCUUUUAACCAAAAACCACAUCUAAUCAAUAACCAUGGCUGAGAUCCGCCGAAAGCUCGUCAUUGUCGGCGAUGGUGCUUGUGGUAAAACCUGUUUGUUGAUUGUUUUCUCCAAGGGCACCUUCCCCGAGGUCUACGUCCCCACCGUUUUCGAGAACUACGUCGCCGAUGUCGAGGUCGAUGGCAAGCACGUCGAGCUCGCCCUAUGGGAUACUGCUGGUCAGGAGGAUUACGACCGUCUUCGACCCCUGUCCUACCCCGACUCCCAUGUUAUCCUGAUCUGCUUCGCUGUUGACUCUCCCGACUCUCUCGACAACGUCCAGGAGAAGUGGAUCUCUGAGGUUCUGCACUUCUGCCAAGGUCUCCCUAUCAUUCUCGUCGGCUGCAAGAAGGACUUGCGAUACGACCAGAAGACCAUCGAGGAGCUCCGAAAGACCAGCCAGAAGCCUGUCUCCCCCGAGGAGGGUGAGGAGGUUCGCAAGAAAAUCGCUGCCUACAAGUACCUUGAGUGCUCAGCCAAGACCAACGAGGGCGUACGCGAGGUGUUUGAGCACGCUACUCGCGCUGCUCUGCUGUCGCGAAACACCCGUGGUAGCAAGCACAAGAAGUGCCUUGUUCUGUAAAGGGCACCAUGGAAGCCCUCUAAGCGCAGUCCACGCACAUGCCGUGGCUUGACCCUGCGUUGUAAUCCUUUGUCGUUCCAGUUCAACCUCAACUUGGCCCCGGCAGUUCGGAUACGGGUUCGUGGCAGCCAAGAAGGAGAAGGCUGUCGGCAUGCAUCGGUUUUCUCGGAAUCUGGAGUUUGAUAUUGUCUCGCUCUUGUCUGGUCCAUCGGCCUACGCGCCGACCCUUCUCGCUGGAUUGAUGGUUUUCUUGUCGGCAGAGCCAUGGUUUCUUGGACCUCCUGAAUCUUGCAGGCGGUUACUUUUCCCGACAGAUACCUCGUCUUUUUUAUUAUCACCACUGGCAUGCGAGCGGGACCAUUGUUUUAUGUAUGUGCUUGUCGCGCAUGGGGGAGGUGGGCCAGAUGUCUUUUUUCUUGUUGGAGGGGCUGUUGAGGAGGAGGAUGAGGAGUGGCUCUCGUUCCUCGCUCUCCUGCCAGGUUUGUCGGUCACUGCAGACUGACAGAUGAGGAACUAUCAGGGAGAGGUGUCAGGAGGCCGAGAGAGGCUCCGUGGGCAGGUCACGGCGAGAGCGUUUGUGUCUGCUUGUGUGUGGAUAUGGGGUCCGGCUGGGGGAACCAAGUCGGUCCAGGCCAUAAAUCUUUUCGUUUUUUCUCUUGAAGCCUCGAGACCGUUACUUAGACCAUGGAGAUGGGACAUCUAUUGCGUAGGGCCUGCCUGUUUAAUCUCUUGAUUUUUUGUAUAACCUGUCUAUCUGUUUUGGUGAUGUUAUUGUAUGUACAGUAUGCUCUUGCACGACGUGACCCUCCCUAUCUGAGUAUCUAGACCUACCUAGCCUAUCUUGUUUGUAUGUAUCUUGUUAUGCAUUGACAUGUCAUGUUACACUGCUUAUGACUGGCUGCC